GGUCACCUUGUUGCCCCUACCUGUGGACAGGUGAGGGGAGGGACACAGAGCCGGCCCCCGGAUCGCAGAUUACGCUCGGCUUUGUCUCGCUCCGUUCCUCAUUGUGCCAAAGUUCAGAUCUCACAACAAACGGAGAAAGAAGACACUGAACUUCAGCUCAGGGUCAGCUUUCACAUUUAUGAGGACGAGCUUUUCAGAGCUCUUUAAUCUGCAAUGCGCCAAUAAAACCUCUGCAGUUACAGCCAAUUCUUGUUGAAACAAAGCAUCAUGGUCAACAGGAAGUCAGAGGUCCAGCGAAGGAUCGUGUCCAAAGACGGUCACAACAAUGUUCAGAUCGACAACGUGGAAGGAAUGGUCAAGCUCUACCUGCACGACAUCUGGACGACGGUGGUGGACAUGAAGUGGCGCUACAAGCUCACUCUGUUUGCCUCCACCUUCGUCAUGACCUGGUUCAUCUUUGGAGUCUUCUUUUUCUUCAUCGGCAUGGGGAACGGAGAUUUUGACACUUGGCGCAAUUCUACCCACACACCCUGCGUGAUGCAAGUGGAAACUCUCACCGGAGCCUUCCUGUUCUCUCUGGAAUCGCAGACCACCAUAGGUUACGGUUUCCGGCACAUCACUGAAGAGUGUCCUCUGGCGAUCUUCACGCUGGUGGCUCAGCUCGUCACCACCGGUCUGGCUGAGAUCUUUGUCACCGGUGCCUUUCUGGCCAAACUGGCCCGACCCAAGAAGCGAGCAGAAACGAUAAAGUUCAGCCAGGUGGCGGUGAUCUGCAGGCACCAAGGCAAGCUGUGUCUGAUGGUGAGAGUGGCCAACAUGAGGAAGAGUCUGCUGAUUCAAUGCCAGCUCACCGGAAAGCUGUUUAAGUCCAAUGUGACAGAAGAAGGAGAGAAGACGCAGAUCCACCAGAGCUCCGUAGAUUUCUACAUGGACACCAGUGGAGACUGUCCGUUCCUGAUCCUCCCGCUCACCUUCUAUCACAUUAUCGAUGAGAAGAGCCCAUUGGCAGGACUGACCCCAGAAACCCUUAGCAACCGAAACUUUGAGCUGCUCAUAACGCUCAACGGCACCAUGGAGUCGACCGCGGCCACGUGCCAGAGCCGCACCUCCUACGUCCCUCAGGAGAUCCUGUGGGGCUACGAGUUCACACAGGUGCUGUUCAGCUCCUCCAACUGCCGCUACGUUGUUGAUUUCAACUUUUUUGACAAAGUACAAGCGAGCAACGACCCCACCUUCCCUGGCAGCAGCACAGGAAAGAAAUAAUUGAAACAAGACUGAGAGGAAAUUGUGGAAGCUGUUAGUUUUACAGUGCUGUGAUCUUUCAUGUCACAUUAAUUUUCUAUGUCUUGGUCAUAGUCUUACGUAAGAAAAGACAAAAUCAGUAAGAGGUUUCUUACUCUUAGUUUAUUUUGGUUUGAUCAGAGGUUUUAAUCUGUCAUAUCUUAGAGCAAAUGAGUAGAGGCAUAACAAAGGGAACCAAAGUUUUCAGAUAAGAAACUGAUACCCCAUAAUUUGAGUAGAUGUGUAUAAAACUGUUUGUUUACAGUUAGUAAAUCAAUGCAAGAAAGGGAACUUAUACAAAAUGGAGGAAAUGAAGUGUUGAAGAGGCAAAUUGAGCCUGAGGUAGUUAUCACACCAACUCUGUUUUAGAACGUAAAAAUGACCUGAUUGUCAAACCAAAUCUUUUAGCAGACUGUUUGUUUCUUCACUAAUCUGAAUACAAUAUAUCUUUUUCAAACUGUGAAUUCUGUCAUUUAAUAUUUUAUUUUGAACUGUAUGGCUGUUUGCCGAAAGCCAGGUGAUUUUUUUUUUAAAUUAAAGCAUCAAAUAAUAUUUCUCUUCGUGGUGCAAACAAGUAUGAUCACCAGUAGGCCUUAGGCUGAGUUCAACUUGUAUUCAAUAGUCAGAAUUUCCUUGAUCCAUAUAGGAAAAAUCAAAGGGAAAACCUGCAAAGAUGGGAUUCCAACCUGGAAACCAGAAAGUCCCCGAGUUCAAAUUCAAUAUGGCUGCCGUUCAAGUAAAACAAACAGAAAGAUGGAGAAAUAAAACACUUUUGUGCUUUUCUGAUUGGUUCUCCAUGAAACAGUGGCUGACAAAAACAUAAAAAUGUACAGCAUUUAUCUGUGGACACAUUGUUUUUGUAUUUGAACGCACAAAAUAGAGACAAAUAUGUUCUGAUUAGCUUGUAUUGCUAACCGGAGUUAGCUGAAGGACAAAGCAGGUCCAAGCUGCCGCUAACUGUCACCUUCUGUUGUGGCAACACCGAGCUGCAGCUGCUGGGCGUCUGUAUCUGGUCCAAACAGUCCGAGUCACAAACAGCCGCUGCCUGUCCGACUGCUUGGCGAGAGAAAAGGAAGGGAAGGGAAGGAAGUGAA